AGCACCAACAUAUCUACAUCUUCCACAACAAUAACAAAACAGAAGAAGACGACAAGCAAAAGAAGAAGGACAGUUCUCGAAAAUGUCUGAGUACGCCACGACCCAGAAGAGUGUCUUGAAAUUAAAGGGUGUGGGGGAAAUUUCAGCUGGAAAAAAAAAGAAGAAGAAGAACAAGGAGAGCAAGCAUCGUCUGGAGCAGGUGGUAACCAGCCAAGACGACGAGGAGGUGAAAACCAAGAAGACCUAUGUUGACAAAAGGACACCAGCACAAAUUGCUUUUGACAAAACACAGGAAAAGAGGCAAAUGGAACGAAUUUUGAAAAAAGCAUCAAAGACACACAAACACAGAGUUGAGGAUUUCAAUCGCCACCUGGACAACCUGACAGAGCAUUAUGAUAUUCCCAAAGUCAGCUGGACCAAGUAGAAGGGAAACAGCUCAGUUUAGUUGUUGUGUUACAAUUAUUUGUACACUUUAUUUUAGGUUUAGUUGCUAGCUUCAUACAUUUUAAAUUAAAACGAGUCAUUUGUAAUUCCUGCUGUGCACAAUAAAGGAUUUAAGUAUUCAA